GGGGCAAUCGUUGCUCCUUUACUUCUCAUUUAAAGAGUAUGCAAAGAAGGAAUGUCCAGGUGAAUCUUCAAAGGACUUUUUGGAUCCUUGACUCUACAGCUAAUGGGGGUUUCUCAUAGGCGCAGAAGCUCCAUACAACAUCCUAGCCGACGUUCUUAUUUCUUUGCAGGAACUUUGCUGCUACUUUCUUUUGUUGCAGCGAAGGGUUGCCCGAAGAUCUGCCACUGCUCAGACAGGACUGGCAUGGUGGUACAAUGCACCUCGCGCAAUCUGGAGAACAUCCCGGCCAACCUGCCGAGGGACACUGUUGUUCUCUUGCUGUCGUCAAACCGGAUCAGGCACAUCCCGAAGGAGGCCUUCGCAGACCUGCAGCGCCUCAGGGAGCUGGAUUUAUCGCACAACUUGCUCGAAAGCGUGGACGACGACUCCUUCCUGGGAGUUUUGGACAGCCUGCGGACCUUGGAUCUUUCGAACAACCAGCUCAGCGGUCUCCCAAGGGGAACCUUCGCCAAGCUGCACGCCCGGAUCCGCCUCUCCAACAACCCCUGGCACUGUGAGUGCUCCCUCCAGGAGGUUUUAAGGGAACUGAGGCUGGAUCCGGAGACAGUCAACGAGGUCAGCUGCCACACAUCCGUGCAGGAGGAGUACGUGGGACAGCCAGUGAUCCAGGUUUUGGACUCAGGCAUCAACUUUUGCAAUUUCCACCACAAAACAACAGAUGUGGCCAUGUUCGUAGCAAUGUUCUGCUGGUUCUUCAUGGUAACAGCUUACAUUGUCUAUUAUAUCAAACACAACCAGGAGGAUGCCAGGAGGCACAUCGAGUACCUAAAGUCCUUGCCCAGUACGUCCCACAUCAGCAAGGAUUACGACACGGCCAGCAGUGUGUUUUAGAGUCGGAGAGACGGAGUAAAUCAUAGGGAGCGCACAUAAAAAUACAUUUCUGUAGAAUUAUGUACUUGGGAUGCACCAAUCCACUACACUAAUAGCUUCACAAGGUUGGUGAAACAUGUAAAAACAAAAUAACUUUAAUUUGUCCUGUGAGUGCAAUUAGUAGCAAACAGCCGAUGAAUAAAGAAACGAAAACUGACAAAAAGGUUGGCUACCUUGAUCAAAUGUGUAAAAAUGAGCUGCUGUCUUUCAAACAGUUUAGAAAGUGCAAUUAGGAAUUCUAACUAUAAUAUAAAAUCAAUAAUAAAGUCUGUAGUCGCAAAGACAAGAAUUAGACUGAAUUGAUCUGCCUUUAUUGAUCGGGUACAUUGUCACUGAUACCCAAUCUAGAAUUUCUUUUAAUAUCAGAACCGAUGCAAAUAUUAAUUUGGGAUCGGUGAAUCUCUAAUAUGGACAGAGCUGUGAAAAAGCUAAUUUUUUACCUUUCUUGCUUAUUUGUUGCGCAUUUCAAGUUUGAAUAUUAGAAAGAGACAAUAUGAAUAAAAACAAAAAGUAGUGUU